AUGUCACCAGGCUUGCCUUUCAGCAAGGAGACCUUCAGUUCCAACCAUGAGCUCGACCCCGCAUCACGUCUUUUACCAGCCUCCUCCCAGACAUCUCAAUAUCUACUCAUUCGUCCUACAGAGGAUAUCCCAAGCUUCUUGAAGAAAGAUCUAUGUGUGGACAGACUCAAUCACAUCCAUCAAUACCUAUGGCUGGCUGGCCAACCAAUGCCUCCCAAGCCCCUGAAUUAUCAGCUCGCUACAUCCCGUGAGAUUGUCGUCGACCAGAGAAUUGACAUGCACCUAGUCUGGGAACGUCCUCAAAGCCUCCAUAUCAAACCUCUGCCACGGUAUCUUCUAGAUACCGAUUUCUGGGCCACAAAUUUGAUUACCUGCGACGGCCCAUGCUGUGCACCCGCACAAAGCAAUCAUGUCGCACCAGACCGAGCCACAAAAUGUACAAAGGACAUCCACAAGUGUGCCCUUGGACUCCUCUACUCCUAUAUUGCUCUGAUACGGUUUGAAUGUGAUCUCACCAUCGCUCAAAACCAUCACCUACUUCCAAAGGACAUGACCUGGGAGAAGUGGCUCCGAUUCGUCCACCAACUCCUUGACAAUGGAGUCACCAACCCGAGUAACAUCAACCCCCGAUAUCUCUACGGUGAAUUGAGACUGUCACAACUCAACAAAAUUUAUGCUUUUCGAUAUGGAAGUCCCUUGCGAGGGUAUCAAUUCACUUAUCAAACAUAUGGGGAGCUAUUCCGUGAUUACCUGGGGCCACUAACUGCGGCAACCAUCUACAUUGCACUGGUGUUGACUGCGAUGCAGGUUGGGUUAGCAACUAGCCGUCUGGGGGAGAAUACAUCUUUUCAAAAUGCGUCGUGGGGCUUCACUGUUUUUGCAAUACUGGGGCCGUUGAUCGGGGUACUAUUAGCGGGUGUUGUUGGCAUAUUUCAGUUCUGUACUAAUCUUGUUGUUACCAAGAGGCUUGCGCAAAGGCAGUUUGCGCUAUACGAAGAUCAGAAACCCCAGAAUCAAGUGCCUUGA